UUUUUUUUUUUUGGUGUAAAUGUUAAGAUUUAUACCACUUUUUUAGAGUUUACAAUGUUGUGAAGCACAACUUAUUACAAAGAAAGAAAAUGAGCAAGCAAUAUAAAGAGAGUAGGAUUAACUAUAAGGGGUAAGGAACCAAAAGUACAACUCCAACAAAGAAGGAUGAUGAGCCGCGGAUGAAGGACGAGAUAGUGAAAGCAGCCUAUCUCUCAUGGCACGGUCCACUACUCGGAAGAACGCCUCUUCAGAUGAAGACACACUUGUGAAGAUGCGAGCAUUUCUUUCACGCCAAAGGUUGUAGAUGAUCAGUUGGUUGAGAAGCUUGAGCACCGUGAUUGCCCUUGAGGCAUGAGGUCCAGGGAGCCGCUGGCAGAGGAGAACAACUUCAGCAAGUGAGGCAGGAGGAGACACCAAGUACCUGCCACAGAAACGAGACCAAGUAGCAACCGCAAAGGGACAGUGAAAAAACAAAUGUUCUAUAGACUCAUCAGCUAAGGAACAUAGAGCACAACCUGGAGAGACAGAUAUACCCCAUGAGAUAACUACCAUCAAGUUAUAAUAAUUUGAAGUUAUAAUAAUUUGAAGAAGAUCGUUGGGCAGGCACGUGGAGACUUGAACAUGUUAAAUGACAUCGUGUGUUUUGUACAUCGAAGACACACAACAGAAGCAGAAGCACACAUCCUUUAUUUUAUCUAGCUAGCUAAGUGAAUAAAUAAACAAGUUGAUGUUGGAAGCUAUCACUAUCUUCUCUCCUUUCGACUCUAUUUAUAUUCAUAACAUCCCUCUCUUCACAUUUUGUUUUCUUAAAACUUAUCUCUUUGAUUUUCUUUUUACAGUUUCGAGUGAAUCUUUUUUAUGUUAUAUAAAUUGACCACUUAAGUUUACAUGGGGCGACACCUCAGAUUUAUAAACAUGUAUAGCAUCUCCAUGUAAAUGUAUGUACUCAUCUUUCUUUCAGAAUAAAAUUUUAAAAUUUUUAAUGCUUCUAAAAAUGAAUACUUUCUUGAAACAAGAAAAAAUAAAAAAUAGAAAUACUGAAUUACAGGAUUCGUCUUUGCAUAAAUAACAAGAAGUCAAGUUCCAGAUCCAUUUACAGUCAAUGGUGAAAACUGAGAGUCAAAAUUUAAUAUUAACUUUUUUCAGCAACUAAAAAUAACAAUAUGUUUUAUUUUUUUUAUUUUUUUUAACAAUAUGUUUUCUUUCGAAAUGAUAUAAAUUCGGCUAGACAAAAAUGGUAUAAAUUUGGUGUAAAGCAAGAAUUCAUAGUCUGAAAACUUAUACUGAAAUCCAGUUUUCCAGAAUAAAUAAUUAGAAUAAGCAAUACUUAAUAUUUAAUAAAUUAAUACGUUUUGGGCCUUUGAAAAUAUAAUUGAGGUUGAUCUAGAUAGAGCAGAAGAUAAUGUCAAAUAAUACUUAAAAGUUCAUGAUUAAUCAGACGUUAAAAAAAAGUUCAUGAUUAAUUCUAGGAGUGAAAAAGUGCAAAAUAGAUACUUAGAUUCCAUUAAUUAAUUUAAGUAGGUUUACUCGUACAUGAAUAAGUGGCAAUGUGGCAUGACCCUUGUGGUCUCACAACCCCUGGAUAUCUUACUCAAAAAGAAAAAAAACCCUUAUAUGCCAUGUUGACACGUAGAUGUGUGUAUAUAAACAUGAAUAUCUCAAAGAUUCUCUAAAAUUAAGGACGAUGUGUGUGAUGGGGAAAAGAAGAACACCAUGCUGUGACAAUAGCCAAGUUCUGAAGAGAGGGCCAUGGAGUGAUGAAGAAAGUGAAAGACUCAAAGCUUUUAUUCUAAAACAUGGUCAUCACAACUGGAGAUCUCUUCCUAAACUAGCUGGAUUGACGAGAUGCGGAAAGAGUUGCCGUUUAAGAUGGUUAAACUAUCUGAGACCAGGUCUCAAACGAGGCAGCUUCACCAAAGAGGAGGAAGAUACCAUUAUCCACCUCCACCAAGUUCUUGGAAACAAGUGGUCAAAGAUAGCAUCACACUUGCCAGGAAGAACAGACAACGAGAUCAAGAAUGUGUGGAACACUCAUCUCAAGAAACGAUCGAUGAAGAGCAACUCAUCAGCAUCAGAUGUUACCAACCAAGCCUCUUCCGUGUCCUUUUCUUCCUCAUCAGUCUCUAAUGACGUUAUUAACAGCGAGAAGCAUAAUCAGGAAGAGGAGUUGGAGAAUAUCUUGGUGGAGCAUAUGGCAUGUGGAUUUGAGGUGAAUGCACCACAAUCACUAGAAUUUCUUUUUGAAGAUCGCCAAAUCCCUCCUCUCCCUAUAUCUAAACCGGAGUCUCUAGAAAUCCAUAUGCAAUCACAUGAUGAGUUGUGUAGCCGAAUGGUUGAGCCAGGGUUAGAUGUUUACAAUGAGUGGCUCAGCUAUUUUGAUAAUCAAACUUUGUAGAACACAAUGAGUUGAUCCACCAUGUUUAUUUGUAUUGCAUUGACCUUGUCUUUGUUUUUUUUUGUAAGAUGAAUUUAGAAUACAUUAAAAACAUAUCCAAACCAUAGUGUAGCUGGGAAGCUAGCAUGUAACCGAGCCAGGAAGCAUAUGUACAAAAGAAUCAUAUUUGAGAUUUAAUAUUUUUGAUGACCUUAAUUUGGUUA